AUGAGAAGAUGGCUCCCAUACAUGCCAUUGGUGGCUUUGCGUAGCUGCUUCCGCUCUUCUUACCCUCAAAUUUUCCGCUACUUCCCCUCACUUUCCCAGUCCGAGACUUUACCGCCCACCAUCUCCCAACUCGUCCAAUCUCCUCCCUUCCCUCUCUCCCCUCUUCCCUCACUCCCCUCUUCCCUCACUCCCCUCUUCCCUCUCUCCCCUCUUCCCUCGCUCCCCUCGUCCCUCUCUCCCCUCCUCCCUCUCUCUCCUCUACCCUCUCUCCCCUCUUCCCUCUCUCCCCUCUUCCCUCUCUCCCCUCUUCCCUCUCUCCCCUCUUCCAUCUCUCCCCUCUCCCCUCUUUCCCUCCCCUUCCCUGUAUCUCCUCUUCCCUCUCUCAUCCCUUCUUUACCCUAUGCCCCUCUCCCUAACUCCUCCCAUCCCUCUCCCCUCUCUUCUCGUCCCCCCCAGGUGUGUGGCGAGCAGGUGUGUGGCGAGCAGGUGGCGGGCAUCAAGAAGGCGAACCGCAUUUCGGCGGAUCCGCAGAUGUUCGUCACUAUUCCAUAUCUCCCUCCUUCCAUAUCUCCUUCCUGUCACAUUCUCCCCCUUCUCUGUCCACGGGAUUCCAUGGUGUGCCAUCACACCAUGUUCUUUAAUCAUUACCUUUUUCUCAUUCCCCCUUCCCCCUCCCUCGGGUUCUCUUCGGCCCCUUGA